CGCUAAUGCCGCUCGGUUGCAGUAAGAUCUGCUGAUGAGCGGCACCUGGGUAUUGCGACCUCGAAUGGGCGGGCGAGCAGAUCAGUGCCCAGAAUGAAUUAACAUGGGCAUGUCUUGGUGCAGCAGAUGUCUCACUCUCUUGUCUGACUACCUCUUCCUGCCUUUCUCGACUUGCCAUGCCGAUCAAUACUUUUCCGUCUUGUAAUCGUGCGUCCACUUGUCACCUUCUCCGGACCUUCGUCGGCUUCACGUUGCUACCGUCUGGCGCUUAGCCGAGCAAAGCUUCUUUUUUCAAUUGAGAACCCUAGGUGCCUGAUGUCGAAGCCCGCAUCAAGCUGAGGGCUUCCACAUGGACCUCGACACGGUUGGUGGUCUUGUCCAGGCACUGGUGUCCACUUACUACUGGGGUUUGGAGCUCUACACCAAAUGGCAACAGAGGAGAUGGCAGCAGAAUCAUUAUCGCACACACGAGGGCAAGCUACCGGGAACAGGAAGCUGUGCGCUGAGCACUUCGCUCAGUACUUCGGGUCUCAAGAUUCGCGAGAUGUUCGAUAUCAAGGCCGAAAUGCUUGGCACUGGCUUUUCUCUCGGUGAUGAACAAUGUCGCGCAUUGCUUCGAGCGAACCUCGAGCAAUUGGAAUCACGCGUUAGAAUCCUGCAAGACGCCAUAGAGGCUCGCAAUCAACCCUUGGAGCUGUUCGAGGCCAUCAGGGUCUCCGAGGCAGUGCGCAUAUCGUCGUUGACUGCGCUGACUAAGCAAUAUCAACGAGCGGCCAUUGGCCGUCUCGUACCUCGAAAGUUGCCCACGAGACAACAAAGUACCCCAACCCCUCCUCCGCUUUCCGAUGCGGAUGUGCUUCCCUCAGUCGGUGGUGAUCGAGAUGCACGUACGCCAGUGGACCAUGAUGCCCAGACGACAUGCCACACAGCGAGCUCCAGCAAAUCCCCCUUUAAAACCGAGCCCCCUUCCCCUCCACCGACACCAAAGUUCAUUCCCGACGACUUGCAAUCCACAUGUACGUCCGAGUUCGGGCCCCGUCCCAAGAACAGCGUCUUCAGCAUCUUCUGUCCAGAAGCAAUGAAGCGCCAGGUUGAUCUGAGGAUGUCCGUGCCGCGGGAAAGGAAAUGUAUCCGCUGCGAUUACGAAUGGCGGGGUCACAAGACGGAAGACAGACAGGCAACGAUGGUGAAGGAUGGCUUUCAGUUGACGCCAAGGUUCUUGGGGAAGUCACAUUUUCAAGGCGGAUUCGGGUGCGUCCUGUGCAUAUCGAGCGGAAAGACGGAGGAAUAUGAAACGGUUGAGAACUUAAGGGACCAUAUCAAUGCCGCUCAUAACAAGUGGCAGAUGCUUCAUGAUCGGGAUUUACAUAUGGCCGGUCGCUAAUAUCGGAAUUUGGAAAAGGGAUGGACGGCAUUCGGUUCAAAUGUGGUCGGUUGUACAACAAAAGAUACCCUUAGCAACUUUUUAAUGUGAAUUAUUACACUUUUUGAAA